AUGAAUCCAUUGAAUUUACUCACUGGUAUCGUUGAUCAUGUGAUUGUCUCGCCUAUAAGUUCUGUAAUUGAAGGCAUAAGUGAAGCGACUUGUGCAAAAAAUCAUAAACCAAGAAGUGUUGAUGAUUUUUCUUAUGACUUGGAAAAUUGGAUGAAAAAACUUCCAGAUUCAAUUCGAGAUAAUGUUCCAAUCAUUAAUUUGGCAAUUCCUGGAACUCAUAAUUCAGGUUCCUAUGCCAUAAACUCGAUGUCUGCGAUUGCGCCAGAUGCAGAUGGAAGUACACCAGGUUUGCAUAAAGCUUUUCCGAAGAGAAUAUGCUGCUGGGCUAAAACCCAAGAGUAUAAUUUCAAGCAACAGCUCGUCAAUGGAAUCAGAUAUUUUGAUCUAAGACUUGCUCCAAAAGGUGAUGACAUUUAUUUCGUGCAUGGAGUCUACAGCACUGAAGUCACAAAUCCAUUGAAAGAGAUAUCGGAAUUUCUUAAGAGCCAUCCGAAUGAAUUUGUAUUUUUAGAUUGCCAGAAGUUUUAUAAAUUUGAACUUCAUCAUCAUGAAAAGUUCAAGGCCAUGCUUUUGAGUUUAUUUGGUGACGUAAUGUUUAGCAGUCCGAUUGAUUUGCCGUACUUAACACUAUCUAAAGCUGAUGAUCUACAGAAGCAGGUGGUUGUAAUUUAUCGUAAUAAUACCAACUGUAGUGAAACUUUCUUCAAGUCUGGAUACUUUCCUAAUCCUUGGGCCAAUGUCACUAGCACAGAAAAGCUAAAAGACUUUUUGGAUAAUAAAAUUAAAUCAAGAAAUCCAGACACUGCUUAUUGUACCCAACUAAUUCUGACGCCCGAUGGCAAUUAUAUUGCAGCUAGGUUCCAUUUGUCAUUAAAAAACACAUGCUCAAGGCAUGUGAUGAAAGAUUUGGGUCCAUAUUUGAAAUCACAAACUCCUGGUCCAUUUGUAAGAGGCGAAGCUUCCAAAAUAAAUGUGAUUAUCGCUGACUUUGUGGAACAAGAUAAUAAUUUUUUUACCAGAACGGUCGUGGAUUUGAAUAUGAAGCUUCUGUCCUUAAAUUUUGAUGGGAAAUCCAGUAUUUGA